CUAAGGAGCUGCUAUGUGAAGGUUAACUAUGUGGCCGGCCAAGCAUGGCCUAGGAUCUCAUGCCAAGCCCUGAGAUCUUUGGCUCCAAACAGGGUGACAGAGGGAUGGACAUGAAAGGGAGCUUCCUGGUCCCCUAUGUCAUCAUGCUCAUUGUAGAGGGGAUGCCACUCUUGUACCUGGAGCUGGCCGUGGGGCAACGCAUGCGUCAGGGCAGCAUCGGUGCCUGGAGGACCAUCAGCCCCUACCUCAGUGGUGUCGGCAUUGCUAGCUUGGUGGUCUCCUUCUUGGUCUCUGUGUAUUAUAAUGUCAUCAACACCUGGUCUCUCUGGUACCUCUUCCACUCCUUCCAGGAUCCCCUGCCAUGGUCUGUCUGCCCACUGAAUGGUAAUCACACAGGCUACAAUGAAGAGUGUGAAAAGGCUUCAUCAACACAGUACUUCUGGUACAGGAAAACACUCAACAUUUCACCAUCCAUCCAGGGGGAUGGAGGAGUGCAGUGGGAGCCAGCCCUGUGCCUCACCCUGGCCUGGCUUAUUGUCUACCUGUGCAUACUCCGGGGCACUGAAUCGACUGGCAAGGUGGUCUAUUUCACUGCAUCAAUGCCCUACUUUGUGCUCAUCAUCUACCUGAUUCGGGGCCUUACACUCCACGGAGCCACCAAUGGCCUGGUAUACAUGUUCACGCCCAAGAUUGAGCAACUAGCCAACCCCAAGGCCUGGAUCAAUGCAGCCACGCAGAUCUUCUUCUCACUGGGCUUAGGGUGUGGUGGCCUGAUUGCCUUUGCCAGCUACAAUGAACCCUCCAACAACUGCCAGAAGCAUGCCAUCAUUGUGUCUAUCAUCAAUAGUACCACUGCCAUAUUUUCCAGCAUUGUGACCUUCUCCAUCUAUGGCUUCAAGGCCACCUUCAACUAUGAAAACUGCUUAAACAAGGUGAUUCUGCUGCUGACCAAUUCUUUCGACCUUGAAGAUGGCUUUCUGACAGCCAACAACCUGGAGGAAGUGAAGGACUACCUGGCAUCUACCUACCCAAGCAAGUACAGUGACGUGUUCCCGCACAUUAGAAACUGCAGCUUGGAGUCAGAGCUGAACACGGCUGUCCAGGGCACAGGCCUGGCCUUCAUCGUCUACACUGAGGCCAUUAAAAACAUGGACGUGUCCCAGCUGUGGUCAGUGCUCUACUUCUUCAUGCUACUGACACUGGGUAUGGGAAGCAUGGUAGGAACAGGAACGGCCAUCCUCACCCCUCUGACUGACAGCAAGGUCAUCUCCAGCUACCUUCCCAAGGAGGCCAUUUCAGGUCUGGUGUGUCUCAUCAGCUGUGCCAUUGGCAUGGUGUUCACCAUGGAGACUGGGAACUACUGGUUUGACAUCUUCAAUGACUAUGCAGCCACACUGUCCCUGCUUCUCAUUGUGCUGGUGGAGAUCAUAGCUGUGUGCUAUGUAUAUGGGCUAAAGAGAUUUGAAAGUGACCUUCAGGCCAUGACUGGCCGGAGCCUCAACUGGUACUGGAAGGCCAUGUGGGCGUUUGUGAGCCCAGUGCUCAUCAUUAGCCUCUUUGUCUUCUACCUGAGCGACUACAUCCUCACAGGAACGCUACAGUACCAAGCCUGGGACGCCACUCAGGGCCAUGUGGUGACCAAGGAUUACCCCACAUAUGCACUAGCUGUCAUUGGGAUUCUGGUAGCAUCCUCUACUAUGUGCAUCCCUCUGGUAGCAGUGGGGACUUUUGUCACACGCCACUUCAAGAGCAGAGCAAAGUUUCCUAUGGCCUGAGAAGUGGAUACUUCCUAAAAUCGAAGUUCCUCAGUUGCUUUUCAAAACCAGAAAUACUUUCUGCUUCCUGAAUCUACAAAGAAAAUUUAAUUCUGUUAUUUUAAGCUAGCAGAAACAUAACUUUGGCCAUAAAUACUUGGUAUUAUAUACUCAACUCAGUAGAUAGAAUUUUUCAUCAUUCUGACCUUUAGCUUUCAUUCUAGAGAUACCAAAUAUUUAUUUUAUAUACCACCAUUACAAACUGGGAUUCUGGACUACAAAUUUACCUCUUUCGUUGGGAUGGAGUCUUGGUAUGUAUGUACCCCAGGUUGGGUCUGCACCUAAGUAUCUUAGGCUAGAAUCUAUGACCUUCCAGACACAGCCUCCCCAUGCUGUCACAAAAGGCCAUGGACCAUCAGGCCAAGCAUAACUAAUUAUCCUCUGGUUUCUGUUUGAACCAUUCCUUAUCAACUCGUGGGUAGGGAGGGAGUAGGUACGAGUCUCAAGGAGCAGUCAAUGCUAGACUGUGCUCAAACAUACAAUCCUCUUACUGCACCCCCUCCAGUGCCUGGAUUAUAGGCAUGACUACCAUAUAUGACCUUUCAGUAUUUCCUCUGCUUUUUUCUUGUUGAGGGAAGUGCUUUGUUUCAUCACCAAAGUGCAACUUUGUUGGAUAUAGUAUUCUUGACUGGCAGGUUUCUUUUAGCAGUUUGAAUGUACUAAUAAAUCCAUUUAUUUACAGUCUAAUGGAUAUCCCCUUAUAUGUAACUUGACUCUUGCUCCCUGGUGGUAGAGAAGGGGGAAGAUAAUGAAAUGAAUUGUAGAUCAAACAAUACAAAACAGAAAUGUAGCAUGAAAAUCUAGAGUACAGUAGGUAAAGCAGUAAAAUCACACUGAGAUUUUUUAAAUUUUACUCUGAACAAAAACAGUGUGAGAUGAUGUAGUAAUCUGUUCUAAUGUACUGUACAUUUGCUACAUAUCCCCAAUACU